GCUCCUUCCCAUGCUUGCCUGUUUGAUUGACGUUGGCUUCCAAAUCGCUGUGACUGUGCCUGAAGAAAAGCGAAGGAGCAUAAUUUUGCUGAGAGAAUUUUCCUGGCAGGGGAAGGCAUGCAGUGCAGAGAAACGUGCCAGCAAAGAGCCUGAAAGUGCAAGUCCAGGUGCUAACGCAACUUCCACCCAAGCCAUGCUGUUGUGAAGUCCUUUUUCCCCAGCCGCGUCUUGCUCGGCGCACCAGGGUGGGCUGCACAGGGGCUGCCCAUGGCAUUGCGGCAGUCUGGGCUGGAUUAGUUCCUGGUGUGUCAUUGCUUCAGCUGUCUGAAGAACUGAAGAAGAUUGCAGGGAAGAUGUUGGACUUGAGCUUUCUGACCGAGGAGGAGUAUGAGAAGCUGAUGAAGGUUCUGCAGAGAGAUGCAGAGCUGAAGAAGAAGGAUGGGGAUCGCAUCAGGCGGAUACAAGGCUCCAUCAAGGAUGAAAAGAAGAAGAAGUUUGUGACAGGUGAAUGGUUUUCAGAAGUGAAGGCAAAACGGUUUCAGGAAGACUUAGAGGGGCCAGAUCUACUUCGGGCAUCGAUUAGAAGGAAAAAGGGCAAACUAGAAAGUAAUUGUCUCUGUUAUAUUACAGAUGAGGCCAACGAGCACAUCCGGACGGGUCUGGAAAGCAAAGCUGCCCCGAGUGCUGCCUUCCCCGAGCACGCUGCUGGUGCGGGAGAGGAGAGAUCCAGCACACCUGCUCUUGAUACCGCAGAGGAGCGUAAAAUCUUGCCAAAACCAAAGCCGAGACUUCCUGUCACGCUGUCUGCAUCACACAAGAGAUCCAGUAUACAUGAUGUCUCUUCCUCAGAGAGUGACACUGGAACAAGUCCAUUUGUGGCUGCAACAAACAGCUUGCAUUUGUCUAGAAAAGGUCAUGGAGUAUCUCCAUUGCCCACCAGCCUUUCAGAGGAUGCUGUGCCUCAGCCCAGCAGCGCAGCUAGAGGAGAAGCUGUUGAUGGGGCCACAGGCACCACAGCGGGGGCAAAAACUCCACCCGAAGAAACUUAUGCUCCCAGCAAGAUACCAGUUAAGAGGAAACCAAGCAGAACUUUCCCCAGAUCCGAGCAGUUCGUGAAUCACGUGGGGCCAGCAGAGAACAGCCUCGCAAAUAGAAAGCUGCUGGCAAGCCCCAAACCACUGACCGCAGAGGGGGAAAGCAGCCAGCCUGUGAAGCAAGGCACGAACUAUACGAUCUCAUCAAUGAGUAACAAAGAGGAGGAUAUCGGCCUCGAUCGUGAGCACUUCAAGAACUUGAAGAACUUCUGGGAGAAGGGAGCAGACUCUCUGAUGGUGGGAAACGUGCUGGAGGACCCAAGCUGGGUGGAGGCAGAUGGCAGGCAGUUCAAGCUGUGCCGCUCACUCUCUGUGCAGUCUGGGCAAGGCCAGAACAGCGAAGAAAAACCUGGCGUCUUCACCAAAACAAGAACCCCCUACAAAAGGACAAUUACCUUGUCUUCUAGCGAGGAAGAACCAAGCUACGUAGCCCCUGCAAGGAAGGGCUCGGUUUCCGUCAUUCCUAGAUCCACGUACGCCAAGAGCAAAGGCAGCCUGGUUGCAAGAAAUAACUCACUGAGUGAAAGCAAUGGGAAGCUGCCGGCGCCAGAGGAAGACAAGGCAGCCCAGCGCUGCUCCAAGAAAUCCAGAUUGCCUGUGCGAGCACCUUCCGUCAAAAUCGAGUCGCCUACCAAAGAAGUGUCUGGCAGCACGUUUGAGCCAGAGACGCCUACAGACGAGUUUAUCGUGGCAGAAGAGCGCAAGCACGCAGCAAAUUCCCUGGCGAGCAGGGUGCAGAUACUGAUCGAGCCUGUGCUUACAGAUGGUGAAAACGAUGAUGAGAAAGAGGAAAGAUCUGAUUUGGGCACUCAUGACAACAUGGAAAUAAAUGGAGAGCUACCUGAGGAAAAAAUGUGUGAGUCUUCAGACAAGCCAACACCCAGUGCACCAGCCGGAGAGAGAGAAGCCGUUCAGGGAAUGGACUCAGCUGUUUACUCAGAGGAAGAUGGGGAUCAUUCUCCCGCCGCUCAGGCAUUGGCCCGAGCAAAUAGCAUUAAUCUUGCAAAGAGCAUGGUGAACAUUUACACAACCACAGAGACAUACAAUAAACCUCAUUUGAUACCCCAUCAGUUUCUUGAACCUGAAAGAGUCAAAGAGCUGAGCAGAUCGUCUCCUCUCCUGUUGUCUGAGACUGAAUCAGACACGGCUUCGGAAAUCAGCUUCCAGUUUAACAAGCACAAAAAGACGCCUAGCAUUGGCAGCCACUCGUCUGACAUGGCAUCUGUCUCCUCGGUGAGUGGCAGUGUGCUCAGUGUCUACAGCGGCGAUUUUGGGAGUGUGGAUGCCCAAGGUACCGUGGAGUUUGCUCUAGACUAUGAUGAGAAGAACCGGGAGUUCCAGAUUCAUGUGUCCCAGUGCAAGGACUUGGCUGUCGUGGAUGAGAAGAAAGGCAGAUCUGACCCGUAUGUUAAAACUUACCUGCUCCCAGACAAAGCUAGAAUGGGUAAGAGGAAAACUUCAGUGAAGAAGAGGACAGUGAAUCCCAUUUACAACGAGGUGUUACGGUAUAAAAUAGAGAAAAUGGUAUUGCUGAUCCAAAAAUUAAAUCUCUCUGUUUGGCACAAUGAUCCACUGGGACGUAACAGUUUCUUGGGAGAGAUCGAAGUAGACUUGGCCAGCUGGGACUGGAGCAACAGGAAACUCAACUGGUACCCGCUGAAGCCCCGAAGCCUUUCUGCUGUUAACGGUGUGGAUCAUCGAGGAGUGAUGAAUUUGUCUAUUAAGUAUGUCCCUCCAGGAAGCCUAGGUCCCAAGAAUCCUCCCUCUGGCGAAGUUCACAUUUGGGUCAAAGACGUCAAGGACCUGCUGCAGUUGCGUCCUUCUGGAGUUGACUCCUUUGUGAAAUGCUAUGUGCUUCCAGACACCAGUAAGAAGAGUUACCAAAAGACCCGAGUCAUAAAAAGAGACACAAACCCUGUUUUCAAUCACACUAUUGUAUAUGAUGGCUUUCAUACAGAGGAUCUAAAGGAUGCUUGUGUUGAACUGACUGUGUGGGAUCAUGAAAAACUUACCAACCAUUUCCUUGGAGGAAUCAGGCUGGGCCUCGGGACAGGUUUGAGCUAUGGCAUCUCAGUGGACUGGAUGGACUCCACGCAAGAGGAGGUGGCCUUUUGGCAGGAGAUGAUGUCAGCUGCCAAUGAAUGGAUUGAGGGAUUGCUGCCACUGCGCUCCCUGGCAGGGAGGAAAAAACUGAAAUAACCUACCAUUCGUGCCACAGAAAGGCUGAAUGUGGUCAUUAGAAUUAGGAAACUUCCUGCGCCGAGGUGAUAGAGACCAUCCAUGGGGCUGGCAAGUGUCAGGUUGAUAAGGCAAUUGAUGGAAAGCACUUUGGAGAUGUUAAAUGUUAAGUACUAAUUCCCUGACAGGGGACAUGGAAGAUGCCAAACUGAUGCUAUACUUUGUUUUGACCAAGAAGAAACUUCAUUUUCCUUUUUAUUCCAUCAUUUAUAUUCAGUAUCUUUGAAUUCCUUUAAGCUCUGGGAACAUUGGCAGAAGGAAAAGGAGAUACAGAUAUUUUUAUUUUUUUACUGUUUCUUGUGCCAUUUUUUUUUUUCUGUGCAGAGAUGUAAUUGUACUAAGACAGCAGCAUGGUAUUAUUCAUAUUCCCCUGCAAGAGGUACACUUUGUACUUGAUGUAGAAUUGCUCCAAGUCACCAGCAGCACAGUCUGAGAAUGAGAGCUUUGCAUUUGUCGCUGGUGAUAACACGUCUCUUAACAUGAGGAAAAUGGAGAUCCAAGGUGAAUCUAAAGAAAGAGAGGACUAUUUGAAGCAGAAAAUGAAGCAACCUGAGGAGGAUAACAAUGAGGAAUUCAAUAUAUUAAUUUCUUUCUGCUUUAAUAUGAAAGAGAGAAGUGAUGGUCCUGCAGCUAGUGGGAUUUUGCAACCAGGGGCUGUUUUCCUAGCUUUCCCACAGGCUUCCUCAGUGACCUCAGGCAAGUUUCUCUGUGAAAGGACAGUUUCAGUGCAAUAUAAACUAAAGUGCUUGCCCAAGUGUAAAAUGUGGUGACGUUGCUGAUGGGCCUAAUCGCACCUUUGAAAUGCCUUGUAUGCAAAACAUUUCAAUAUCAAACAAUGAUGUAGGAAACAGUCUCAUGUUAGCCUGGCACAACGGGUCAGGAAAGGAAGGUCAAAACCACACUGGAACGCAGGAGAUGCUGGGAGCCGGUGGGAGAGGUAAGUAGGGAGUGAACGAAUGCGAAGGGUAGCUGCAGAGCUACAGUUGCCUGGGGUGGUCUCCUGCUUCUGCCUGCCCUACGGCCCGUCUGGUCUUCCUUUCACCUGAUGCCUGUCGGCGAGUUGUCCGUGGCUGGAAUUUCCUUUUUGCCAGUAGCUUGCAAGAACUUUGCAUCUGGCACGUGGACCGUGGCAGAGUGGCGUCGUGAAUGCAUUUUGAAACGCAGCUUUGUAAUUUCUAUUUUGGAUGUACAUAUUGUGAUUAAAUAGAAUGUUUUUCUUUAGUCAUCA